ACGGUGACUUCUCCGGUUAGAACAGGGGCAGGGCAGCGCGGACCGCACGUGAGCCGGAGCGGCGGCACCGAGCAGUGGUCGGCCUGGAGAGAUCGGCUGGGGCAGCGAGACAGAAAGAGCUGUCGGCAUUUACGUUGCUAUUCAGAUUUUUAAGGUUUGCCCCGUUUCUGUCGAAAUGGGUUGAAUAUGGCAAAAAAAAAUUGGAGUUAUUGCCAAAGUUUGUCAAAAAUGUCUAAUGGCUCUAUAAGGCAGCCACAGAUUAAAAUUUCAUCUCAUAGGUAUAGUUAGACCACACCGGAGACCCUCCACCGUGUCAGGUCAGGUCGGCUGGCACGGGUCGGGGGAUAGCAUGGGCGCUCUGUCGGCGGCUCGCCGGGUGGUGCGUGUCACCCCUCUCUCCCGGGGCAUCCGUCUGGUCAUCUUCGCCGGCUGCCUCACCGCCUUUCUAGUGCUCAGCAGUAUAAGCCUGACCAAGUUUAUCCGACAAGACACGGUGAAGUCGUUUGAAGUGGACGAGUCUGCACCACAAGAAUUUGCCGUAACAAUCUGUAGAAUUCAGGAGGACAUCUUCAGAGAUGACGUCUACCUGCGAAUCACAGGCAGGUCGCGUCCGAAGGCGCUGGUCAACCCGACUGAGGCGCUGACGGCCGACUUUCCCUGGGGCUCUGUGGACCUGGAGGAGGCCGUGUGGAACAUGACUCGCAGCUGGGGCGACAUCGUGAUGAGCUGCGCCGACUUCUAUAAUGGCGGCUGCAACCAUUCGGCAGUGACGAGUGACCUGUACCAGUACGGCGGCCAGUGUCACACGGUGCGCUACAGCGACGCGCUGGCCGAGGGUGUUCAGCGCGGCAUCUGGUUGGUGCUGAACCACCCCAACUGCACCAGCUGCGGCCGGCACCACUGGAACGUCUAUGUGCACUCGGCCAAUGACCACUACAUGGACUGGGAGCACGUGUGGGCGCCGCCACGCGCCCAGCUGGAGACCGGGAAGGAGCAGAACCUCAAGGUGACCAGGAUGCUGGACAUCGCCCUGCCGAGCGACACCAACCCCUGCAACACGGACUCGGCCUACUCGCGGCCCAAUUGUAUCCGUCAGUGCCUGUUCUCGGAGCUAGCCGCGCUCGGGCCCGGCUGCCGCCUGCCCUGGAUGCCCGUGAAGCUGCCCGUCUGUGACACCGCCCGCGACUACCAGCUGCUGCUCAACUAUACCCGCAUGUUCUCCCGCACGCACAUCGUCUGGGACCAGAACUCCGAGCAGCUGAGGGCCAACGAGUAUUACGCCGCGCUGAAGAGGAUCGCCGCAAGGUGCAAGGUGCGCUGCGGCCCGCAGUGUUACCAGGAGACCAUUACGCUGGCCCUGUCCGACCGGCUCAACCACAAGAAGAACGAGACCUGGGUGGCGCUCAGCAUCGCCGAGGGUCUGUACGUCUCAAGAACGACGCUAGCCUACGACAUGCAGCAGAUGGUCUCGGAUAUCGGUGGUAACCUGGGGCUGCUGCUGGGCGCCUCCGCGUUCACCCUGUACGAGUUUAUCGAGAGCUGCGUGCGCCGCUGCUGGCGCCGCUCUCAGCGCAGGGAGACCGGGGUGGCCGAGGCCGACCUGCGCGAGGUGAAGAGCGCCGACGGCGGCGGCGGGCUCGGCUCGCAGACGCGGCUCGCCACCGUCGGCCUCGGCACGAUGAAGCCACCCGCCGGUCCCGGAGACGCGGCCACCACGCAUAUAUCGAUCUAAGCUAGAGGGUGCCUCGUUCAUCACUGUGUGAUGACGGUGUGAUCAACAACGAUAUCGGCGCCGAUAAUUUAACUAUUUUGUGUCGGUCAUCAAUUGGUCAUGAGUGUUAGUUGAUAGUUGCAAACGUACCUGUCAUCUUUGAGCAUGAAUGCUAAACGGAAUCAUGUCUGUAGUCGUUUGCCAUUGAUAGAAGCACCGCAAUAAUACGCGUGACCUUGUUGUUAACGAAUGCGUGAGGUCCCCGUUUUUAGUUUGGCACCUUGCGCAACGCAGUAAAUCCUGUUUUGUAGACGUACACGUAAUUAUCGUCUUUCCUUAUCGUCGGUUAAUCGUAUUGGCUUCACUUGAUCUGCUUUAGCAGUAGGUAAUCGUAGGUAUUAUCUUUUAAAUCACCGUUCUCCGUAGGAAUUUUCAGUCUUGUCGAUUAUCGAACAAAUCAUUGCCCGUGUGUUUAUCUCAAAUGGUUUAUCAUUCAGGUAUAAUGAAAUUACGCAUCAGUUAUCCCCGUGCUGCACUGCGUACAUUCAUCACAUUAUAUGUGUUCAUUACAAAAUAAUACCUAAUACCGAUGUCUUCGC